UUGGUCAGUCUGUGAUUUGACGUGUCCGAGGCAGAGUGAGUGGCUUUGCAAAGGGGAGGUUCUUCUUCUUGUGAGUCUUAAAACCAGGCCCCAAACAAACAAACACCUUUGCUAGAGUCACUGACAGUAGGGUGACAAUGAAGAAGAGCAGAUGGUCACAGUCCAACCCAAUUCCGCUUCUAACAAAAAGGCCAGCCGGAGAAGAAGAAGAAGAACCUAGUUGUAACAGCAAAAGGGACCUGCAAUUGGUCACCACCUCACCCUUCAGACUCCCCGAUGGUUGGUACGUUGAGGAAAAGCGCCGUGCCCUUAGCAAUACUUCCCACCCCGGAAAAAUCGACAGGUAUUACUUUGAGCCUGGCACGGGACUGAAGUUUCGUUCGCUGUCAGCUGUACAGAGAUACCUAACAGAAGGGAAAAUCGAAAUACGUACCAAGAAUUCAGAACCAGGCAAUGAAUGGAAUAAGCAAAUUACACCACGCACCACCUGGAGCACUUCAUCCUUUAUACUACCUGAUGGUUGGGAAGUUGAGGAAAAGCCACGAAACAAUUCUCGUAUCAUAGACAAGACCUAUAUCGAGCCAGGGACUAGACAGCGGUUCCGUUCUAUAAUAUCUGUUGAGAGAUACCUAACAGGAGGAAAUGAAGAUACACCUCUCAAGGCAUUGAUACCUGCCAAUAAUUCUGGUCUUUCACCUGGCUCAGGCCGUCAGAAGAUGAAAAGUUUGGGUGAGAUACAGUCCCAGAAAGUUGUCUCUAGUUCUCUGACGAGAAAUAUUUCUGGUGCGAACGACAGACCCUCCAAGCUCAAUUUCGGCAGACCACCAGCAAAAGUGAAAUGGGUCCUCGGAGGUCCUGGGGGGUGUAUGUGGAACCCCUUCAUGGACGAAUCAAAGGUCCCCGAUUCUGUAUUACAAAAGUGGUCCGAAACUUUCGUUUCAUCCCUCUAUGGUGGAAAAAUUGGUGCACCAAGGUCUUAAGUUAUAACUGUUCUGCCAAAGUGAAACUUCUGUAAUCUAUGCUGUUUGUUUACUUCUUUAGUUUAGAUGCAAGCCCACCCAAAGUUUUGCCAGAUACUUAACGUCUUAGAUAUUAGUAGAUGUAACUUUAAGUCUGUGAUGAGGAGGUGGUGAUAUGCAUAUGUAGAUGUGUUCUUAGAGCACAAAGGAGAAGUUUGUACCUUUGCAGUAACAUUUUUGGUGAUGGAUGCAAUUUGUUCUGGGUGGACGGAAUGUAAAAAACCCGUUUUAGGCUCAAGUGAAAUGAACUUCAUGGAUCCACUGAAAUGAAAUCAUUGAACCCAA